GAUCUGUAAAAAUCUAAUUUUAAGAAUUACAGAGCUUCUUUGAGGUGGAGCAUUUAUGCUGAAUAUCAGAAAUAAGUAAAAUAACUCCAGCUUGUCAGGACUUUAUAAAUAAAUCUUUUGAGAUCGUUUAGCUGGCAUGCUCUGAUUUUUCUGAAGACAUCCAGAUGUUGAUUUAGGAACAACUUUUAUUUAUGGAUUUGAUUUUGUUGAGAUUUUUUUGGCUUCGUCUCCUGACAGGAUCUCCCUCCUGUGGCCUGCCCUAGCAGCAGGAGUGCUGAGCACCCUAGAGGAUUGAAUCAUAGACAUGACAUAGUGGUCCCUUCCAACUCGGAAUAUUCCACGACUCUUGGAUAUUGAGCAGCAGGUCCCCACCAUAGCAGGAGUUUUUGGAAACCAAAAAGGCCGCAGAGCCUUGGCCUGAAAAUGCUGCAUUGUAUCAGCAACUGAAGGAGGAACAAAUUUUGCUUUCUGAUAAUGCAUCUUCCCUUGCUGUUCAGGAACCUUGUGCUGCAUAGGAGCCUAUGAACAAUACAGUAUACAGUGGGCAAUAAUCUGAAGCAACUCGUGUGACCCAAGUGUUCUGUGCAAGCAUGUAUCAUUUCUGGCCUUUUUGCAAAUGUGCAAUCUGCCAAUCCGUGUGAUUUGCAGGGCAAACGCUGAGUACAUGUCCCCAUCUGGCAAAGUACCCUUUAUUCAUGUGGGAAAUCAAGUAGUAUCUGAACUUGGGCCCAUAGUCCAGUUUGUAAAAGCCAAGGGCCAUUCCCUCAGUGAUGGAUUGGAUGAAGUCCAAAAAGCUGAGAUGAAAGCCUACAUGGAAUUGGUCAAUAAUAUGCUCUUGACAGCAGAGCUCUAUCUCCAGUGGUGUGAUGAUGUUACAGUAGAGGAGAUUACUCACCCAAGGUAUGGCUCUCCUUAUCCAUGGCCUCUUAACCACAUUUUGUCCUAUCAGAAGCAGUGGGAGGUUAGGCGAAAGAUGAAAGCCAUCGGAUGGGCUGGGAAGACACUUGAACAGGUACUUGAAGAUGUAGAUCAGUGCUGUCAUGCUCUCUCCCAGAGAUUAGGAACACAGCCAUAUUUCUUCAAUAAGCAACCAACUGAAUUAGAUGCUCUGGUGUUUGGACAUUUGUUCACAAUCCUUACUACUCAACUAAUCACUGAUGAACUCUCUGAAAGAGUGAAGAACUACAGUAAUCUCACAGCGUUUUGUCGGCGAAUAGAGCAGCAGUACUUUGAGGGUCAUGAGAAAGACAGCUCUACAACUGCAGCCCGAUCUUCCAAGAGGUCCUUGCUGAGAUGAGCUUGGUGCUUGGGGGGGUGGAUCAUGCUGCAGUUUUGGGUUCAUCAUUGUUCAGUAAAUUGAUUUUGAGAAACGUGUGUUGGCUUUUCGAAGCUGCCAAAUUAUUCUGGAGCAGAAAAAAAUGUUAAAUACAGCUUUUGUGUUGUAGAAUAUACUGUGCACAUUUAAGCUGAAAUGUCUGAGCAUUUCCAUGUUAAUAGCCUGUGUUCCACUUACUGUAAAGUGACCUUGGAAAAAUGUUGUAUCUGUUUCAAAAAAAUAAAACACUGAAAGUUGA